UCUGGGAUGGCAUGAGGGCGAGUAAAUUAUGAAAGAAUUUUCAUUUUUGGGUGAACUAUUGUUGUCAUUAAAGCUAUUAAAGUGAGAGUUCACCCAUAAAUGUAAAUUCUGACAUUAUUUAUUCACACUCAUGUUGUUCCAAACCCAUAUCACUUACCUGCAUGGAACACUAAAGGCAGAAUGUUCAGCCUCCAUUCAUUCCACAUUGUAUGGAAAAAAGAUGCAAUGAAAGUGAAUGGUGACUGAGACAGUCCCUUUCAUUCAUCCAAACAUCUCAAUUUUGUUCCACAGCAGAAAGUCAUAUGGGUUUCGAACAACAUUAGGGUGAGUAAAUGAUGACAGAUUUAUCAGUUUUAGGUGAACUACCCUUUUAAUGUCACCUUGGUCCAUCAGCAGCCUCAGGGCAAGGCCAGUUGAUGCCUUAAAACUGACUCUGUGUGACGAAAAGCCCUGUCCACAAUACAUAUCUACCUGUCCCCUUUGUCUAUUGUCUGGUAUGGGGUAUCCAGCCAGUGGGUUGGACUACCUUGUGUGAGGCAAGAGGUGGGGGGCAGAGGAUGGCACUGGCAGAGAGAAGUUACACAGCUAUACUGCUGACUCUCUUGGUCAGUCUCAGUCAUGAACAUUGGCUUAUACAGAAAAGAGUAAGACAGGUACUGUGAGGAGAAGCACAUAAGGGCAGGAUGGUGAGGUGCUCGAAGCAUUCAGAAGCCAGUCUGGAGGACCCAAGUUGUAUGCACUGUGGUCCCAUUAGCUCUUCCAGGAUUCCUCACAAACUACUCUGGGGCGGACUUGCUGCCACGCUGUUCAUUGUUAUCAUUGCCCUUGGUGUGACUGCACAUCUUGGGCUACAGCACAAGACACAAUCUUCACUGCAGGUUGUCAGAAUUCCAGAUGAUACAGGUGGAUUUAUCAAUCAGUCUGCUCUGAUUGACAAGCACAACAAUGUAGUGACCUACUCCGUGACUUCCCAUGUAAACCACACCUCCACAGUGAUUUUUGACAUGAGACAUGGAUUGGUAUGCUAUAAACCUGACAACCAGGACAGCUGCUUUCUUCGGCGGAUGGAAACUUUGGAUUAUGAGAAUGUGCAGUCUCAGCUGAAUAAAUCAGAGCAAGAGGUCAGUCAGGUCUGGGUGGUGGGAAAUGAGACUGAAAAACACACAAAGUUUUUGGGAGUGUUGCCCGGCAGUCGUGUUGAUGCUUCCACCCUUCAAGAACCUCUUCAGUCCCUCUGUCAGCAAGCCUCUGUCUACUGGACUAGAAGAUCUGAUAGUCCCGGGAAACAAAGACUUAUUUACUUCUGCAUUGACAUCUGCUUCCCCAGCAACAUUUGUGUCUCAGUGUGUUUCUACUACCUGCCAGAGUGAGAUUUCAUUGACGGUGUACCAGCACAUGCCAGGGAAGCUGGAGAGGCUGUACAAAUGCCAUCAUUAAUGGCAAUCUGGCAAAGAAGACAGAACCAUUUUGUCAUGUUAUCUGCUAAGUGAUUAUCUUCAUCCUCUUUUGUAUUUAGCCCCAUUUUUUCAGUGGUGUUUGAACAUGACUUGGCUCAAAGACUCAGUAACCAGCUUGUAUAUUUUGUAACCUGAUGCAGAUGGGUAAUGCCAAACACUGUUGGUCUACAAUAAAGCACCAUUUUGUUAAGUCAAUGAAAUCUCUG